CGAUAAUGGCAUACGGAGGAAAGGAUGCUUCCAAUUUAUUCCCAGUUCAAGUUAGCGCUCUAUGUGGAGGGUAUGAUGCCAACGGUGUGAGCCCGGCUUUGACUUUUGACGCUUCAAAUUCUACCGCACUUGACCCAAAUUCGGUCUACCAUGAUUUCCGAUAUUUUACUGAUGAUUCCCGACCGGAUUGGUAUUACGAAAAGAUGAUUGAAUUGAGAGCUAAUUAUUUGGCUGGACAAAGGGCGUACUCGACCAAGUUAGUCAAGUCACUAUCUUUCAAGAGACAGAUAGCAAUUCUGAACGAUAAAGUCUUUGACCUUACACCGUACGCACAGGGAGGUCGUCAGUUGUUGGGACCCAACAAUCAGCAACUAUCGGGCGCUAGCACAGACUUUAUGCAUCCAUUGAUUGUAUCAUUGUUUCAGACAGAUGCCGGUACCGAUAUUACAAAGAAAUUCAAUAACCUUGGUCUAGACCCUACCAUACAACAACAACAAGAGAUAUGUUUACGCAACUUAUUCUACAAGGGUGUAGUCGAUCAUCGUUCAUCACCUCAAUGCUUAUUCUCGAGAUACAUUCUUCUUAUAUUCACCGGAUUCUUGGUGGCAGUUAUCAUCUUCAAGUUUUUGGCUGCUUUACAACUCGGAGCUAAGCGUGAGCCGGAAGAACAUGACAAAUUUGUUAUCUGUCAGAUUCCAUGCUAUACUGAAGGAGAGGAUUCACUGAGAAAGACCCUGGAUUCAUUGGCUGUCUUGCGAUAUGACGACAAGAGAAAGCUUUUGUUUAUUAUUUGCGAUGGUAUGAUUGUCGGUAGCGGUAACGAUCGUCCAACUCCGGCUAUUGUGUUGGAAAUUCUCGGUGUUGACCCUAAUCUCGAUCCUGAACCGUUAAGUUUCUUGUCCCUUGGUGAUGGUGCCAAGCAGCAUAAUAUGGGCAAAGUGUACUCUGGAUUGUACGAAUGCAACGGGCAUGUUGUUCCAUACCUGGUAGUUGUCAAAGUUGGAAGACCCGGUGAGCGGGCUCGUCCCGGUAAUCGUGGUAAACGUGAUUCUCAGAUGGUUUUGAUGCGAUUCCUCAACAAGGUUCACUUUAACUCGGAAAUGACACCCCUCGAACUAGAGAUUUAUCAUCAAAUCAAAAAUGUUAUUGGA